GGCACGGAGUCCAUCAAGAUGGAGAACGGGCAAAGCACGGCGGCCAAGCUGGGGCUGCCCCCCCUCACCCCCGAGCAGCAGGAGGCUCUCCAGAAGGCCAAGAAGUAUGCCAUGGAGCAGAGCAUCAAGAGCGUGCUGGUGAAGCAAACCAUCGCCCACCAGCAGCAGCAGCUCACCAACCUGCAGAUGGCAGCAGUGACAAUGGGCUUUGGAGAUCCUCUCUCACCUUUACAAUCGAUGGCGGCCCAGAGGCAGCGCGCGCUCGCCAUCAUGUGCCGGGUCUACGUGGGCUCCAUCUACUACGAGCUGGGCGAGGACACCAUCCGGCAGGCCUUCGCCCCCUUCGGGCCCAUCAAGAGCAUCGACAUGUCCUGGGACUCCGUCACCAUGAAGCACAAGGGCUUUGCCUUUGUGGAGUACGAGGUGCCUGAGGCUGCCCAGCUGGCCCUGGAGCAGAUGAACUCGGUCAUGCUGGGGGGCAGGAACAUCAAGGUGAGUGAAAAUUCCCAAUCCUCAUUUCCUGGGAAAAAGGGAAUUUUCCUGGGAAUGGCGGGGUCAUGGCUGGAAAUGCUGCCCACUGCACUGGGAGGGGGGAGGGAGGUUGGGGGUGGGGGUGAGGUUGGGUUUUCCACCCUGGAGUGUCCUCUGCUCCUGGGGUUUGGGUUUUCCACCUCGGUGAAGGGAUUUCAGUGGGAGUGGCUCUGGGGUCGGGUUUGGGUUCGAGGUUGGGGUUUGGGUUGCACGUCCCCUGACGAGCAGCGUGUCCCUGCAGAGUACGAGAAGGCGCAGUCCUCGCAGGACGCCGUCUCCUCCAUGAACCUCUUUGACCUGGGGGGGCAGUACCUGCGGGUGGGCAAGGCUGUGACCCCCCCCAUGCCCCUGCUGACCCCUGCCACACCUGGCGGGCUCCCACCUGCUGCUGCCGUGGCUGCUGCGGCCGCCACCGCCAAGAUCACGGCGCAGGAGGCCGUGGCAGGAGCUGCAGUUCUGGGCACGCUGGCCACCCCCGGGCUGGUGUCCCCUGCCCUGACCCUGGCCCAGCCCCUGGGGGCGCUGCCCCAGGCUGUGAUGGCUGCACAGGCACCGGGGGUCAUCACAGGUGUGACCCCGGCGCGGCCGCCCCUCCCGGUGCCCAUCCCUCAGGUGGGCGUGGUUAACCCCAUCCUGGCCAGCCCCCCUGCGCUGGGGCUGGUGGAGGCCAAGAAGGACAAGGAGGAGGAGGAGGCGCUGCCCGAGGCCGAGCGGCCGGAAAUGCUGAGCGAGCAGGAGCACAUGAGCAUCUCGGGCAGCAGCGCCCGGCACAUGGUGAUGCAGAAACUGCUGAGGAAACAGGAGUCGACGGUGAUGGUGCUGCGGAACAUGGUGGACCCCAAGGACAUCGACGACGACCUGGAGGGGGAGGUGACGGAGGAGUGCGGCAAGUUCGGGGCGGUGAACAGGGUGAUCAUCUACCAGGAGAAGCAGGGCGAGGAGGAGGACGCCGACAUCAUCGUCAAGAUCUUCGUGGAGUUCUCCAUGGCGGCAGAGACGCACAAAGCCAUCCAGGCGCUCAACGGCCGCUGGUUCGCCGGCAGGAAGGUGGUGGCCGAGGUCUACGACCAGGAGAGGUUCGACAACAGCGACCUGUCGGCCUGAACUGAGCGGGGAGGGGGGAGGGGACGGGAUGGAUGGAUUCCAGCUGGGGGAGGGGAUGCUCUGAAUUCCAGCUGGGGGAUGGGAAUGGUCUAAAACUGAGCCCAGGGCUGGGCUUGGGGAUGGGAAUGGUCUGAAUUCCAGUUUGGGGAUGGGAAUGGCCUAAACUGAGGCCAGAGCUGGGCUUGGAGAUGGGAAUGGCUUAAACUGAGCCCAGGGCUGGGGAAUGGUCUAAAACUGAGCCCAGGGCUGGGCUUAGGGAUGGAGAUGGUCUAAACUGGGCCCAGGGCUGGGCUUGGGAAUGGCCUAAACCAAGCCCAGCGUUGGGAAUGGCCCAAACUGAGCCCAGAGCUGGGCUUGGGGAUGGGAAUGAUCUAAAUUCCAGCUUGGGCCUGAGUUUGGGGAUGGGGACAGCCUAAAACUGAUCCCAGGGCUGGGGAACAACUCAAAAAUGAGCCCAGGACUGGGCUUGGGGAUGGGAAUGGUCUAAAACUGAGCCCAGGGCUGGGAAUGGCCCAAAUCUAAGACCAGAGUUGGGGAGCAGCCCCAUAUUUGAGCCUGGGACUGAGAACGGCCCAAAACUGAGCCCAGGCCUUGGAUCUGGGGAAUGGCCCACCUCUGACCCUGGAGCUUGGCCGGGCUUGGCUUCUGGAAAUUGGCCCAAAUCUGAGCCUAGGGCUGGGCUUGGGGCUGGGGAAUGGCCCCAGUCUGAUCCCAGGGCCUGGCUGAGCUCAGACCUGGGGAAUGGGCCCAGCUCUGGUCCCAGGGCUCAGCCAAUCUCCAGCCCAAGGACUCAUCCCAACUCUGUUCCAAGGACUUGGCCCAGCUCUGCUCUUGGGCUGGCCCUGGUUCUUUUCCUGGCCCUGCUCCUGGCCCUGGUUCUGGUUCUGUUCCUGGCCCUGUUCCUGGCCCUGGUUCUAUUCCUGUUCCUGUUCCUGGCCCUGUUCCUGCCCCCUCAGCCCACCAGGUGUCUGUAUCCGUGUGUAAGGGCCAUCCCAGGCCAUCCCAGGCAGUCUCAGGUCAUCCCAGGACAUUCCAGGCCACCCCAGGCCAUUCCACGCCAUCCCAGGACAUCCCAGGACAUUCCAGGCCAUCCCAGGCCAUUCCAGGCCAUCCCAGGACAUUCCAGGACAUUCCUGGGCGGGCACAGGGCUCUGGUGUUUGGGGAGUUGAGAUAAAAACACAAAGAAAGCUGGU